UGUUGUGGUUUUGAAUGAGGAAGAAGCGGGAGAUGUUAUUCUUCAACGAGUUUAUUUGCCAUUUAGAGAAACAUUGAGUAAACACAAACGAGUUCGGGUGAGACUCAACAUGAUAUCCGUUUUUCCGACCGCGUUGGUUGCGACUUGUCGCAUUCCUGCUGGAAUUUAAACAUACUUCCAUAAAUUAGCCGCGCGGCUAACGGCUCCUGCUAGCUGGGUAGUUAGCCUGGCGUGCCAGCUAGGCUGCUAGUUAACUCCGGACUGACUAGUUGGUGGUUAGUUGCGUUUGUGGUGAAGUAUAAUGACUAGAUGUGAGGACUGUUAGCCUUUAAAUCAUCCGGAGCUGAUCUACCUCAGUCGAAUGAAGCACACGAGUCGUGGUUGAGCGUUACUAGAUUAAAAGCAGCCGUACCGAUUUACCUUUAAUCCAAGCGGCCAUUACUUCUGGAAGUUUUAAGCCAUGUUGAAUAAAAUCUACGAAUGGUUAGAAACGAGCUUUGCAAACCUUCGCAACGAGGCACCAGCGGCGGAGCAGCCACCUGCACACCGGGCACCGAGAGACGACCAGAGGAGGAAAAGACCGAUUGAAUGUCUGGAAGAUGGUCAUGAAGCUGUCCAAGAUGGCAUGAUCAUCAAGAAAUCACGGAUGGGAGAUCUGAUUGACUCAGUCAAGAGUGCAGCUGAAGGUGUCAAAAGUCAUAGUUCCAGUGUGGCCACAUGGAUGAGGAACAAUGUGAGCCCCACUUUAAGGAAUAUUCUGCCUCCGUCCUCUGAUUCUCCACCUGGAGAGCCUCAGCCAUCAACAUCAGCAUCAGUCUGGAGAGGCAGCUCGAUUAACAAGAACUCCCUGAAUGAGACGUUCGCCGCUCCCUCCACAACUCUUGAGUGGAAAUCUUCCAAAACAGAGUGGCUGCGCAGUGAGAAGUCUGUUCUGGGAUCGAAAGUCUGCAGGCGACAAGCGUGCAUGACUCCUGCACAUCGCGAGGUGCCAAAGACAAACGGUCACUCAGUCAACUUGCCAUCCUCCAUCGCUCCCAAAGUGUAUCCCGCUCCGCGGCUCGGCAGGCCGCUCAACCUCCGAUCACAUGGAGCACCAAGCCUGCUGGGAGGGACGGGCACAACGAGCAGCUCCUGCACCAGCAUGUAUGAGAAGACCUUUCCCAUCAAAGUGGUGCAGAGCCCGACACACAGCACUUCGUCAGGCCGCCCACACAGCUCCAGGUCCCGCUGCACAGCCGAGGAGUCUAUUCGAGAAGAGGAGAAAGAGGUCUACAGGCAGCUUCUGACCAUGGUGUCGGCUGGUCAGUCGUCUUUUCUUCACAAUGGCAGCUCACACACCAUCGUGAGGUCCCACAGAGAUUUCACCAGCUUCUUAACCACCAGCCGCCGACUGCUGCAGCUGCCUUCUCCACCCGCUUCGGUCGGGGGCACUUCAGAGGAAGCCAGCAGCCCCACAAGCCCCAGAGGGGUGUCCAGUCAGAGCUCCAGCAACGUCCCCAGCCCGGUGGGAGCCUCCAGCAAACCCGGGACCCAGACCUGGUCUCUGGACACGGAGCUCAACUCCAGCAAAGCAGCCGUUCACGUGUCGGCUCCCUCCCCCCUGCAGGAUAACUCAUCUCAGGACACACAGUCAUCAGCUCAUGAUGGCGACUCUGUAAUUAUUGUAAAUGAACAGAAAGCUAAAGAGCAGGACAGCUCCAGUGUGCCAUGUUUCCGAGCUGAGCUAUGGAUUAAAGAAUUGACUAGUAUGUACGACUCUCGCGCGAGAGAAAGACGGAGACAAAUAGAAGAGCAGGAACUUUUGGCGGCUCGGCUGCUGCGACAGCGUCUGUCAGAAGAGGAGAAGCCUCGUCCACAAGUGGAGGUUGGAAUUCGAGUUCCUUUGGAGAAGGAGGUUCCUUUGACUACGGUGAUCGAAGAACUGAAGCCUUCAGAGGAGAAACCCGAAUUCCCAACACUCACUCAGGAGAUGGAGCUUGAAGUGAACAAAGUGCUGCGAGGUGGAAAUCCACAUGAAGUACUCAGUGAAGGUUUUGGCCUCAGCCUCACCCGCAAAGACCUGCAGACCCUCAGCAACCUCAACUGGCUGAACGACGAGGUCAUCAACUUCUACAUGAACCUGCUGGUGGAGCGCAGCAAGGAGCCCGAGCUGCCGUCGGUCAACACCUUCAACACUUUCUUCUACCCCAAGCUGCGGAGCAGCGGCUACUCCGCCGUCCGCCGAUGGACCAAAAAGAUGGACAUCUUCGCCAAAGACAUCCUGCUGAUCCCUGUCCACCUGGGGGUCCACUGGUGUCUCGCUGUGGUGGAUUUCCGUAAAAAGGCCAUCAUGUAUUUUGACUCAAUGGGGAAUAAUAACGACGAAGCGUGCAACGUAUUGCUUGAUUACUUAGAAAAGGAGAGCAAAGACAAAAAGGGCAAAGACCUCGAUACCUCAGACUGGACUCUGCACAGCAAAACACGCAGCGAAAUCCCGCAGCAGAUGAAUGGCAGCGACUGUGGGAUGUUCACCUGCAAAUACGCCGAUUACAUAACCAGAGACAAGCAGAUCACAUUCACACAGAAAAACAUGCCAUACUUCAGAAAGCGGAUGGUUUGGGAGCUGGUGAACCACGUGCUGUUGUGAUGAACCUGUAAAGUUGCCGUUGGACAGGAGUCCUCCGGCGCGGGAAAGACUUCGACCUCCCGGGUCAGGAACCAGCUCUGCCCGUCUCCACCCUCCAACAUCGCCCAGGAUGUUGUUGGAGCGGCGCCCACUGCCUCCCGGACUCCUCCUCCUCCUCCUCCUCACCGUUCCCUUCUUUUUCUUUGGUGCACACACGGAGCACAUUUUCUAUCCAGAACUCUCUCAAGUCCCAUUGGUUCUCUUAUAAGUCGCACUCUGAGGUGCACUGUGUGCUUCACGGCUUUGUGUUCGCACCAGUAGCAGUUUCCUGUCAAACCCCCGGGUUUGGGAUCUCUUACAUAUGCAAAAGUCUUAAUGACCACAGAACUUGCAGUCUGACAUCCAGGUGAAAUCUUUAGAAACGGACAUAUUGGUAUUUUUUCUGUCAAAGGGCUGCCGUGAGAAAUCACUACAUUAUUGCAACGUGACUGGUUAGUCAUCAAUAAUAUUAAAAUAUAUAAUAAAAAAAAAGUCUUAUCCAAAAGUUAAUUUGAUGUCUCGUGUAUAGUUUUGUCACAAAAUGAGCUGCCAAACGGGCCUUACUAGUAAAUAAAUGCAGAGUUUGUAUUUCUUUGAAUGAAAAUAGUCUCAAUUGACAGAUUUUUGCAGCUGUGCUGCGAGAUGUUUCUCGCAGCAAUUUAUUUUCCAGGAAUUGUGAUUAAAAUGCUAAAAAGCCUUCACAUGUGCCUCAGAGUAUGAUUUAUAAA